AUGAAGCCCAACCCAGCAGCCUCCUCCCCAGAGGCCUGCAAAGCUGCAGGACAGGUCCCAACACCGGCUCAACAGCGGAAGACUCAGGUCACCCCUGUGCAGGCCUCAAGGCAGAAGGCUGUGGUCACCGGAGGAGCAGGCUACCUGGGCUUCAGCCUGGGUUCCAGCCUGGCCAAGAGCGGCACUUCUGUGAUCCUGCUCGACCUCCGCAGACCCCAGUGGGAGCUGUGCCCAGGGACCGAGUUCGUCCAGGCUGAUGUCCGAAAUGCAGAAGCCCUGCACCGUACCUUCGAAGGCAUGGACUGUGUUUUCCACGUAGCCUCCUACGGAAUGUCUGGUGCUGAGCAGCUGCAAAAAGAGCAGAUCGAGUCUAUAAACGUUGGAGGCACCAAACUAGUGAUCGAUGCUUGUGUCCGCCAGCGGGUUCCAAGGCUUGUCUACACCAGCACUGUCAAUGUGGCAUUCGGCGGGAAGCCUAUAGAGCAAGGCGAUGAGGACUCUGUGCCAUAUUUCCCACUGGAGAAGCAUAUGGACCACUACUCCCGAACCAAAGCCAUCGCUGACCAUUUGAUCCUCAUGGCCAAUGGGACGCCUCUCCCAGGAGGAGGCUCUCUGAGGACGUGUGUGCUCCGACCCCCAGGGAUCUACGGCCCUGAAGAGCAGAGGCACCUGCCCCGCGUGGCGAGCCACAUUAAGAAGAGGUUGUUCAUGUUCCGAUUUGGGGACCGACGGACACAGAUGAACUGGGUCCAUGUCCGCAAUCUGGUGCAGGCCCACGUGCUGGCCGCCGAAGCCCUCACUGCUGCCAAGGGCCACGUGGCCAGCGGGCAGGCGUACUACAUCAAUGACGGGGAGAGCGUCAACCUCUUCGAGUGGAUGGCUCCACUGUUUGAGAAGCUGGGGUACAGCCAGCCCUGGAUCCAGGUUCCUACUUCCUGGGUUUACCUGUCAGCCACGGUGAUGGAGUAUUUGCAUCUGGCCCUGAGGCCCAUCUGCAGCCUCCCGCCGCUGCUCACCCGGAGUGAGGUGCGGAGUGUGGCCGUGACGCACACCUUCCAGAUCGCCAAGGCCCGCGCCCAGCUUGGCUACGUGCCGGACAAGUUCAGCUUCGCGGAUGCAGUGGAGCGAUAUGUGCAGUCAACAGCCGGGCGGACCCGCGGCUCCACCGCGCGGACGCUCCUGCGGCUGCUGCUCGGGCUCUUGCUGUUCCUUGGCCUGCUCGUCCUGGCCCUGCGCUUCCUAGGCCUGCAGCCGUCCGUCGUCUGA